CCCGCCCUGGUCUCCGCAGCCCCGCAUUGCGCAGCUGCCUCCAGCACCGUGGCGGCGGAAGAGAGCAUGGCCUCGGCGGGCUUGAUCGAGGGUUUCGAGCGCCGCUUCCUGGCGGCUCGGCCUCUGCCAUCCUUCCCCUGGCGGAGCCUUGAAGAAAAAUUAAAGAAUUCAUUGGAUUCUGAGCUGCUGCUGAAUAUUUUGCAGAAGACUGUCCUGCAUCCACUGUGUGUGAAACAUCCACCAUCAGUGAAAUACACUCGGUGUUUCCUCUCUGAGCUAAUUAAGAAGCAUGAGGCUGCUCACACAGAGCCUUUGGAUGAGCUCUAUGAAGCAUUAGCUGAAAUUCUGUCUGCUGAGGAAUCCACCCAGGGCCACCGGAGUUAUUUGCUGCCCUCUGGAAAUUCAGUCUCCCUCUUUGAAAGUACAGCAAUCAUUUCUCAGGGUACCACAGGCCUGGUCACGUGGGAUGCUGCUCUCUACCUUGCAGAAUGGGCCAUAGAAAACCCAGCAGUCUUCACUAACAGAACAGUCUUGGAACUUGGAAGUGGAGUUGGUUUUACAGGCCUGGCUAUUUGCAAGAUGUGCUCUCCCAAAGCAUAUAUCUUCAGUGACUGUCACAAUCAGGUUCUUCAUCAGCUCAAAGGAAAUAUCCUCCUAAAUGGCUUCUUGCUAGAGCCAGAUUCCACAGCACCCCUGCAACCUUCAGUCAGGACAUUGGUCUCACCCAAACCCACUGUGAUGGCUGUUCAGUUGGACUGGGAUCUAGUUACUACCAAACAACUCUCUGUCUUCCAACCAGAUGUCAUCAUUGCAGCAGAUGUGCUAUAUGAUCCAGAGAUCAUCCUCUCCCUCAUUGGAGUGCUGCAAAAGCUCUCUGCUUGCCAGGCAGAUCAGGGAUCUCCAGAGGUGUACAUUGCCUUCACUAUAAGGAACCCAGACACUUACCAGCUGUUCAAAACGGAACUCAGUAGAGUUGGGAUUGGAUGGCAAAAACUUCCUAGUCACAACCAGAAAUUGUUUCCAUAUGAAAAGCAUUCAGAGAUGGUAAUUCUAAGAUUAUUGGUGUAGAUUGUGUAAAUAUUUCAAGGCUACAGUAAAGAUUUGGACUAUUUUUACAGAAAAGUUCUGUUUUGGAGCUUCUGAAUAAAACUUCAAUCAUUGGACCAAUUAUUUCCUUAUAAGGAAAAAGGAAAUGGGACAUGUAGUUGUUGCUCUGUGAGCAACUCCCUGUAAAUCCAUAAACUAAAAUUGAGUGAAAAUACAGUUAUUUUACCUGUAAAGAUAAAA